GAUGAUGCAUGGAGGUGAUGGCAUGGCGGUGCAGGCGAUGGUCUCGCUAGAUGGCACGAUGAGCAGUGCGGACGCGGAGCGCUCGUCGCAGUCUGGGUCCAAGGCGGUGCUGAUCUUCCAGAUUGGCACCAACAAUUGGCAGCGUCAGGGAGAGUUCGCUCCUGGUAGUGGCAUUUUGCAUGCUUCGUUCCAUGAGAGCAUGAACAACAUGCCGGGCGUGAAGAGUUACUCCAUCUACCCAAGCAAGAAGCAAACGAAUCCCGAGGAUGAUCCAACCUUCAGAGUCUUCAAGAUUGAACACGACAUCCCCAUUUGUGAGUCGGUGAGCCCGAAUUCCUCCUACAGGUGGCACUCCAUGACUGAGGAGCAGUACGAUGCCUAUCUCAAGCGCCUUGAGAAUGAAAUCUGUGAAUUCAUGGAUGCGGUCGAGGCCAAGGAGUGCAAGGAGUUUGACUAUCUCAUUUCCCACCAUGCCUUCACCAAUGCCAUGACAGCAGCUCAAAUCGUUGAGAGGCGGCACAAGGAGGGCAAGACCAAGCUGAGACACUUCAAUUUUGUGCAUGGCACCGCCUUGAAGAUGUACAUCAAGGAGAAGGAAGGUGAUCCAGAAUAUCCCAUGCGCUUCUUGACCAAAUGCCAAGGAAGCGGGGUUUUUGAUGGCCUCAGCAAAACGUCAGGUGUGUGGGUGAAUUCGGAGGACUACAUCGGGAAGUUCUUGGAUUGUUUCCCCAACUAUCCCAAGGAGAACUGCGUCUUCUCGUGCACGGGCGUGAACCAAGAGACCUUUUGCCCGAAGGGUACAACGGUGGCUGCCGAUCUGUCCACAUUCCUGGCGGAGGAGGAUCGGCAGAAGGUGGCCAGCAUGAAGCGCCUUGUGACCUUCGUCGGGAAGUUCGUCGAUUGGAAGCGCCUGGAUGCGGUGCUCUACGCUGCCCAGCAGUAUGAGGCCAAGUUUCCGGAUGUGGGUACGGCGAUCGUUGGCACUGGGCCACCUGAUGCAGUGGAGAAGUACCACACAAUGGCGAAGACAUUAGGACUCGAGCGAACGGUUUUCCUGGGGCCAAAGGGUGAACAACCACUAGCGAAGCUCUUCUCCAUGUCAGAGGUGGGCAUAUUCCCGUCCUACAAUGAGUCCUUCGGCAAGAUCUUUCUCGAAUGCAUGGCCUGUGGAUGCCCCACCAUUGGAGCCAACAGCGGAGGCCCCAAGGAGUUCGUGAAGCCCGAGCAGGGGGUCCUCGUUGAAGAAGAGCCAGAGUGGCGCUCCGAGGAAGGAAUGCAGAGGCUGGGUGGAAAGGUGGCAGCCCAAGUCAUCAAGGCGCUGGAAGAAGACUGGAAGAAGACAAAGGGAGCGGGCUGCGUUGGCUUCGUGACCAAGAACUUCUCAACCGUGGCACAAGUUGAAGGCAUGCUUGCAAACAUGAAAGAGUGGUCACGGGCCCGCGCUUUUUUGUUGAGACAGGAGCGGCGGCGAGGGCAGGAAGACCAGAGAGAGAAGGAGGGCUUCAUGGCCUCGGGCCCCUGGAUUGAGUCGAAUGAGAUUGAGGCUCUGGUCGCGGACAUGUCAAGCACUGAGCAGAGCGAUCUGCUUCAGCUGUGCACCAGAUGAAGACUCCGCAAGGUCCAUUGAGCCAUUGCUGCAUCAAGUUAGACGGCAGGCUUCGGCGCCCUUGAAUUCGUGCAGCGCCGUGCACGGUUGUGUGCUUGCACUUCACUUUGAGCAUGGCUGGUUCUGCUCAGGUUCAAUAUUUAGCUAGUCACUUUUUGAGUAGUUCCAGCCAGGCUAGGGGAACUUGGCAAAUUUGAGAACAGUUGGGAAAGACUGUUUGGACAUUUGUUGAACUUUUGCUGC